CGGGAAACGAACAUAAAAAAAAUGAGGAAGAAGUUACAGAUCUAAACACAGCAUGAUUCCGAUGUCUUUAGAUUAAUUUAUUCACAGUGACGGAUUUAUAAUUCAUUAGAAUAUAAUUAGGGGAAAUUAUAUGAUGGCUUCAAACCCGCCGGGACAAGGAUUUCAGAAUAAAAACCGAGUGGCGAUUUUAGCUGAGCUGGAUAAAGAGAAGCGACGCCUGAUCCAGAGUCAGUCCAUGAACAAUCCAGGGGCCACGAUUCCACUCUCCAGACCACCAGUGAAGGAGUUUCGGGAUCACGCGGAGCAGCAGCACAUCGCCGCUCAGCAGAAAGCAGCUUUACAGCACGCACAUGCUCACUCUUCAGGCUACUUCAUCACACAGGACUCGUCAUUUGGGAACCUGAUCCUCCCUGUGCUGCCUCGACUCGAUGCAGAGUGACGAUGAAAAACACAGUUGUUAAAAAGACACUUUUCCUUCUACAGAAAAACUCACUUUAACAGAAGGGUUUAAAGACAGAAUCUCCUGUAGCUCCCUGUCUGAUUUUAGUCUUUAAUGAUGGUAUGAUGUUCUAUUUAAUAUAAAAUAAAGAAACGUCGACUGCAGCUGAUGCCGGUCAUCUGUUUGAUGCACUGAGUGCAGAUGAACGGAUGAAACCUGGGCUGAAACGUGGCAAUGAAAUGAUAAUGAUUCCAUUCUAAUCAGUUUAUUGUAUUUUACAAAUCCUUUUGUGAUGUUGCUUCUUUAUUAUUUAUUAAUUUAGCCAUCACUGUGUUAGAAGCUUCAUUAAUCAGCCAUUUAAUUAAUAACCAAAACACAAAUCUGUGUCUGUCAGGUGAAAACGAUGUGAACGUUUUAUUUGUUCUUCAAAUUAAACUUUUCUGAUUAAACCUGAAA